AUGGCCGCGCUCUGUUCUUCGGUUGCUUCCCGAGGCUUGGCACUUCAGACCGCCCUUGUGGUUUCUCCUCCUCCUCGCCGCCGCGGGACUCCAGUGAUCUCCGUAUCACCUCAUGCUCACCGGCAAAGUCUUAUCGGCUCAACGACGAAUUCUUCAGGCACGAGCCCGAUCAAAAGAAGUACACGAAUUCGUGCAGUAGAUCCAGCCUCUGCAAAUUCGUCUGGCGGAAACCUCAUAAUCCCAAUUCCCGACCUGCUUUCAGUUUUAUCAUGGCCCUGGAUGUUUGGUGCGGCCAUAGCUGCAGCAGUACCUCUCUACAGAAGGUUCAGAACAUUAGAAGAUAACGUAGAGAAGGCGGCGGAGGCGGCGAUCGAGGUGAUCGACACGGUGGCGGAGGCGACCGAGAAGGUCGCCGACGAGGUUGCCGAAGCGUUCCCCGGCAAUGAAACUCUGAAGCAGGCAGCCUCCAAGAUUAAGGCGAUCGCGGAUGAGAUCGAGGAAGAUGCCGACAAAGCUGAGGCCCUAAUUGAGAAGGUUGACGAGAUAAAGAAAGAGGUGGAUUCAAUUAUCGAUCCUCUAAUCGACAAGGUCACGAAGACCAAAUCCUAG